GAAAGACACAAAAGAAAGAAAGAAAAGAAUUCUUGCUUCUUUUUAUUUUUCCUCCUUUGCGCAUCCUGCCUGACUGGAUGAGGAAGUGGAUCGUGCUCUUCCGUCAUAACCCCGUCCCGAGGAUAACUGCUAAUUGAUAAUUGCUACCUUAUUCAAGUCACACACACACUCUGAUGAGUACACACACGCUCACACUCACACUCACACGCUCUCUCACAUACACCCAUACCCAUACCCAUACCCAUACCCUUGCCCAUGCCCAUGCCCAUACACCACACACCACACACCAUACACCAUAUACCACACCCACACCCAUCUGCACCAGAGAACGAUCAGCCUGAGCCAGAUUGGAUUUUGAUAUCAGCUUGCGACAAGUUUUACAUUGACCUAUAACUAACAAGUUAUAACCACCCAUACCCCGUCCUUGGGUAGCCACUACGUUGGAUCUUCUGCUUCUUUUGAAAUCCAUCCAAUCCAUUCCAUCAAUCCAUUCAAUCCCUUCUUUCAAACGAAUCUCCGUCACAAGAAAUUUCCCGGGUAUGACUUAUUCGUAACCCAUCUCAUAACCUUACACAAUACCAUACCAUACCAUACCAUACCUCACCAUAUCAUACCUCACCACACCUACAUCACCACACCUACAUCACCACACCUACAUCACCACCCUUCCCAAAAUACAUAAACAACCUACCAAUUCUUUCCUUCCUUCCUUCCUUCUCCCAAAACUGCUGUAAACAUGGCACAUUUAAUUCGAUUACCGCUCUCUCAUUCCGGCUCGACAGUCAAUUCGCCAAUGUCGGGCCAUCUACACCACCUCAGUCAAGCUCCCACCUCUUUUUUCCCUCCCAACACCUCUUCGCCAGCACAAUAUAAAUAUCAUUCGUCUCCCAGCGGUGGUCCGAUCUCUCCCCCUCAUACUCGAUCCGCCUCUGCAGAAAAUACUGCCGCCGAGUUAGUCGAAGACUUCAGAAGAUAUUCGCACAGCUUGAGAGAACAAUUCGAAGGGGAACGAGCGCACAUCUUGGCAGACAGGCAGCGCGCAAUCGAAGUGAUAGCAGAAGAACGAGAAUUAUGGGAUAAGGAACGAGGAAUAUUAAUCGCUCGAAUUCGGGAACUCGAAGCAAGAUUGAAAGAGAAAGGGGAUGUUGUGUCACCAGCUGGAAUCUUCAAUUUGGAAUUGGCAAAUUUAGGCUUCAGCCCAGCAGCAAACGUAUUCACGAGUCCAACUGGCGUACCGAUCGUUAAAGGGCCUACAAAAGCAAUGGCAUCUCCAGGAAGUGGAAGUACAGAAUCGAAAAAAUCAUCGCACGGUCACCCAGAAAUCAAACAAGAAACAGGAAGAAAUGCAGAUGGAUCUCCGUUUUACGCACCAGCACCACAAAACCCCACGAGAACAUUUUCAGCAGAAUCAGAAGCCCUGAGAGUCGAAGAUAUUCAUGCGCCCAGACAAACACCAAUUCAAGUUAUUCAGGAGUUAACUCCGUCUGAUUUUGUUGGGUCCUCUCAAUACACUUCACCGGAACUCUUAUAUCCACAUCAUUCUGCUGUACAUUGGGAGAAGGCCGAAAGCAACAAUGGUGAUAUUAUAGGAGCUGAUAGUAUAGAUAUAUCAAAAAUUGCUCCACAUCUCGAAGGUGUACCCAUCAAAGCCAGCGCUGUGGAUCCAGUAUUCGUUGCACAUGUUUUGAGUCCCAGGUCUGCCAGUCCGAGAUUGAGUCCAAAUGUUAAGCCGCCAGCAAGAGACGUUGGUUCGAGUUUAGGAAAACCACAUUUGGAACCAGAAAAUAAGAGAUUGACGAUGUAUGCGGGUCACACGCCUAACCAUUCCAUUUCACGCUUUUCCGAUUUAGUCAAAGAGUCUCAAGAGGCGGAAGGGGAUGAAACACCAAGAGGUUUUGAUGGACUUGUUCAUCGGGGUUCCCUCGCGCCAAUUCCGGAUGAGGACGAACGAAUCGCGCUUGAUAGACUACAACCAGACGAAGAAGAUGAAGAAGUCCAUGAUCGCCCUUUAACAGGCCCACUAUGUCUUACGAAUGUUCCGGCCAGGGAUGAAUUGUUCCUCGAAGCACUUACGGAGAAAUUGGAAGAAGUCAAAAACUCAAGACCGGGUAGUAAAGAAGUUAGUCCUACCGGUAGCGCAGGCAGUUUGAGCCCGGUCUUGGAAAUGAAAAAAGCGCGCAACAGAUCGAUUGGUGGUGGAGGUGAUGACGGGAGGGGUAUGGAAGGAGAAGGACAUGAUUCCGAGGAUGAUGAGGAUGAUGAACCGGGACCUGUUCUGUUGAAAAUGAAGCCCAGUAUGAAUUUUGGAAGACCAAUGGGACAGAGAUGAUUUUAUCGUCGGAUUUUAACAGUGGAUAAGAUAUUUCUGUUUGCUCUUCUCUUCCUACUGGAAUCAGAUAUUAAGAUCGAAUUUACAUUUGCAUGGUCAGAUGGUAUGAUUUCAGGAGCUUCAAAAUUGGAAAUUGCCCCUUAUUUCUCUCAUUUGGCGAAGUUGGAUGUCUUGGCGGCUGCAUGGGAUUCAUCUGAUGGAGUCCGAACUCGAACCAGAACCCCAAGAUUAGACGGAUGGAAAAACCGCAUCAAACUCAACUCUCAAGCCCCAUCAGCAGAUGACGAAUAAUACAGCACGGCCGUACAGAGUGGACAGGAAGCCUAGUAUGGUUGCAGCAGGAAGAUACUUAUAUGAAUGAUCGCAUGGAAUGGAAAGAUACCCCCCUUUUACAAGAUUUCUUUUGUCAAUGGCACAAAACACUUGAUUCGACAGUUCUCGCAUUCACAUUUAAAUGGUGGUGCAGACAUUAUAGAUAUAGCAUAGCAUAGCAUAAAAUAGCGUAGCGUACUGCAGCGUAUUCGGAUAUACCUGUGGGAAUUUGGGCAUAGCAUGGCAUUACAGGUAUCGCAGGCAUGGCGAACGAAUGAGCAUAGCGAAAGCAUAGUAUACCCUUUGAAUUAAACUCUUUUCCUCCUGCCUUGUUUCGGGAGCA